UUUUGCGAUUCAUUCAUGAUAACUUGCAGUUACAGGUAGUUGUAGUUUUAGAUAGUGCAGUGAAGUGGUAAAUCUCAGUAUUGCACAAACCAGUAGUGGAUCCGGAUCGAAAACCUUUUUUUAUCCCUACCAACUUUCCCAUUCAUCUGUUAUAAUAAAAAUAAAUAAUUUCGAAUUUUGUCAUCCCACCUACUGACCACACCGUUCAUCAUGAAGAGUUUUAUAAAUUUGCUAGGAAGUCGUUACAACUCAGUGCGUACGUAUGAUUGCGACAGCAGCAAGUCGGAAAGCCUGGCCACCAACAGAAAGAACUUAACGAGGCAGUUUUCAAUUGUGGAUUCAUUUUUCCACCAAAGGAAGGAAGGGGAAAGAACACGUUAUCCCAAAUGUAUUUUCAUAUUGAUGACUAUUGGAUUACUAUCUAUUGGUACUGGGGUUCUUUCUCACAUAUGGGAACCAUAUAUGCUGAUUUUCAAAUGGAAACUUAUCUUUGAAAACGGAGGAGAAAUAUUCGAACUAUGGAGAACACCACCCGUGGACCUGUAUAUAAAAAUUUACUUAUUCAACGUCACGAAUGGAGCAGAGUAUUUGAACGGCGAAGCAGAUAAAAUGCAUUUUGAAGAAGUGGGCCCGUAUGUGUACAGAGAACUGCUUUCACAUGAAAACAUCACGUUCUACGAUAAUGCCACUUUAUUCACUAGACCAAGCCACCCACUGGUAUUCCAAGAACAUUUAUCUGAAGGUCAUAAGGAGGAUGAUAUUUUCCUGCUACCAAAUAUUGCACUAUUGAGUAUCGCACAAGUUGCUUCCGGUCACAGUUACUUCUAUAGAUUACCGUUAAAUUUGCUCAUACGGCAAACCAAAAUAUUACCACUGGAGCGUCAAACGGCCAAACAGUUCAUGUUUGGCUAUGAAACUACAUUGACAACGCUGGGUAACACGUUUCUACCCAAUUGGAUUACAUUCAGCAAAGUCGGACUUAUCGAUAGAAUGUACGACUUUGAUGAUGAUUUCGAAGUCUUUUACACGGGUCAAGAUGACCAGUCCAUGUCAGGAUUAUACGAUAGCUACAUGGGAUCGCCCAAUUUGAAACAAUGGUCCGGAGAUCACUGCAGCAACAUCCGAAACGCUUCAGAUGGGACAAAGUUUAAAAGCUUCAUCGGAGAGAACGAACAGUUGUUGUUUUUUAGGAAAAGCAUGUGCCGGCCCCAGCGGAUGGUUCAAGUUGGUAAUGACUACAACGUGGACGGAUUGCAAGCAACGAAAUUUGUAUUUGAAAACAAUGCUCUAGAUAACGGUGAAAUAAAUGAAGAAAAUAAAUGCUUCUGUAGAAAAGGUAAAUGCUUGCCGCGUGGAUUGAUUGAUGUCACAGAUUGUUAUUAUGGAUUUCCGAUCGCAUUGAGCUAUCCACAUUUUCACGAGGGUGAUCCAGCAUUGCUGGAUAAAGUUGAAGGGAUAAGCCCAAACGAAUCAAGUCAUGGAAGUUAUUUUAUGAUCAAUUCGCUUUCAGGGCUACCGCUAACGCUGUCAGUGAAAUUUCAAAUUAAUAUGGCCAUGGGUGACAUUAACAGCAUAGCUGAAUGCGAAAGAUUUUCAAAUAUGGUGAUUCCAACUCUAUGGUUUGAAAUAACUAUGCUUAAACUGCCGACAUCGCUACAGAAUCGAUUCCUUUUUUAUCUUGUUUAUCUUCGCAUUCUCGAUCGCAUAGUGUAUUAUGCCAUGUUCAUCGGCGGAGGUUUACUCUUGAUUUACUCGGUUCUUAGAGUUUCGUUCACCAUAUCGGCGGACUAUUCCUCAUCAAUGAAAAUAUCCAACAGCAGGAAAAACUUCUACGGAACAGAUAAGACCUGCAAAGAAAACCGGCGCAAUUCAAUCAUGAAGAACAACUACUCGAAGCAAGAGCACGGUUCGGACACUGAACGGCAGCAGUUUUUACCUUGAGAUCUAUAUCCUACAAAUAUUGUAAAAAACAACAACAAUCAACUCCUGAGCACAUUUUUAUCUGAAUAAAAUUUCGUUUUUAAAUUA